AUGAAUAGCCCUUCCAAGAGACGAAAGAAGAACGACUCGAGGCCUGCACCAGUCGCACAUCGCAAUCUCGACUUCUUCUUUCGCAAACAAAACCAGCCGGACGGAGUCAAUGGUCACUCGACGCAAAAUAGAGACCCCACAAGCACAGCAGCAGCCGACGCCGAUCGGUCAAGCUCAGAGCACGCCCUGACAGACGAAGAGCUGGCCUGGAAGCUACAGGAAGAAUGGACAAGAGAAGACGGACAACAAACUGGUAAAAGGGACAACACUGAGGAAGAAGAGACUCGAACAGCUGCCGAAGACAGAGAACACAAGGCGAGCGAGGACAGGGAGGAAUUUGUUGCAGCGGCGCUCGAUCAUCCUACCCCCGAGCCGCAACCUUCGUCGGAUGGAACCAAGAAGGGAUUAUUAGGGCUGCAGUCUACUGCGUCAGAGGAAGACAAGACCACGUUGACAGUGCCAUUCGAUCAGAGUCCCUUGACAUUUGAUCCUACGCAAUACGUUUCAGAAUUGAAGAAACACUGGGCUGCCGACGGUGGCGAUGCAUCUUAUGCUCUGUUGACAAGGUGUUUUGUCUUGGUGAACUCUACCCAGAGUCGGAUCAAGAUUGUUGACACACUCGUGAACUGCCUCAGACUCAUCAUUGAAGCCGACCCAGACAGUCUGCUUCCAGCCGUAUGGCUGGCUACAAACUCCAUAGCACCACCCUAUAUUUCCCAAGAGCUGGGUCUGGGUGGUUCCGCAAUCUCAAAAGCACUGAAGAAAGUAUGCGGACUUGAUGGUUCAGGGCUGAAAAGUCUCUAUGACAAGCACGGAGAUGCAGGAGAUGUCGCAUUCGAAGCCAAAAAGAAACAAAGUUUUACUUUGCGGAAGCCGAAGCCUUUGACCAUUAAGAGUGCCUAUCAAACAUUGGUCAAGAUCGCAAACAGUAAAGGUCAAGGUAGCGUUGAGCAAAAACAAAGACUGGUCGACCGCCUCCUUCAAGAUGCUCGAGGGCCGGAGGAGAGUCGGUAUAUAGUGAGGACGCUGGUCCAGCAUCUCAGAAUUGGUGCUGUGAAGACGACCAUGCUCAUUGCGCUUGGACGAGCAUUCCAGCUUUCGCGUCCAGAAGGAGCCGACUUCCCGGUUAGGGAAGCAGCCCAGCUUGCUAAGCUCAAGAAGGAAGAGUUGGCCAUCGUAUGGUCCAAAGCCGAAGAAGUUGUCAAAACCUGCUUUGCUCGACGGCCGAACUACAACGAUCUUGUACCCGGGCUUCUCGAAGUUGGCGUGUCGGAUGAGCUGCUCUUGCGUUGUGACCUGGCGCUACACAUACCUCUCCGCCCCAUGUUGGGCAGCAUUACUCGCGAUUUGAGCGAGAUGCUCACCAAACUCCAAGGUCGAGACUUUAGCUGCGAGUACAAGUACGAUGGUCAGCGAGCCCAGGUUCACUGUGACGAACGUGGUAAAGUUUCAAUCUUCUCCCGUCACCUCGAGGUCAUGACAGACAAAUAUCCUGAUCUCGUGGCUCUUGUUCCCGAGAUACGAGGUGAUGGAGUAUCAAGCUUCAUCCUGGAAGGAGAAGUUGUCGCUGUGGAUCGAAACACUGGAGAACUACGAACGUUUCAGACCCUUACAAACCGAGCCAAGAAGGAUGUCGACAUUGGCACUAUCCAAAUUGAUGUUUGCCUGUUCGCUUUUGAUCUUAUGUACCUCAAUGGCGAGCAAUUACUCGACCGUCCAUUCCGUGAGCGCCGUGGAUUACUUCGCAGCAUGUUCGUGGAGAAGGAACAUCACUUUACCUGGGUGAAAAGUAUCGACGCGACAUCAGCUGAUUCCGACGUUGUUCUUGAGUUUUUCAAAUCCGCUACGGACAUCAAAUGUGAAGGGAUCAUGGUCAAAGUCCUCGACAACGUACCCAAUCCAGAUCUUGUUGGUCCAGGUGAGCCAGAGCAGGCCGACAAAGACGAGGCACUUACUCCGGCGCCGGUGACACCGAGCAAGAAAGACAAGAAAUCAGCCAGAAAAUCCCAAGUUGAAAAAGAACAGGAGAAGGAGAAAGGCACUCGCCGGAAAGCUCUCUUAUCGACUUACGAACCGGAUAAACGCCUCGACUCGUGGUUGAAGGUCAAAAAGGACUACGCCACAUCGGCGGAUACGAUCGAUCUCAUUCCUGUCGCAGGUUGGCACGGUCAAGGUCGCAAAGCUAAGUGGUGGUCGCCCAUUCUGCUUGCAUGUCGUAACCCGGAGAAUGGCUCGCUGGAGGUGGUCACGAAAUGCAUCUCAGGUUUCACGGACAAAUUCUAUCAGGCCAAUAAGGAGAAAUAUGCCGAGGGCGGCGACAAUGUGUUGGGCUCGAAGCCGAGCUAUAUCGAAUACAGUGCAUACGAGCCAGACGUGUGGUUCGAGCCACAAGAGGUCUGGGAGAUGGCGUUCGCAGACAUUACGCUCAGUCCGACGUAUACUGCUGCGAUUGGACUGGUCAACGAAGAUCGUGGGCUAAGUAUGCGGUUUCCUCGCUUUUUGAAGGUCAGAGAGGACAAGGGUAUCGAGGAAGCGAGCACCUCGGAGUUUCUUGCCAGCUUGUAUCGGAAGCAGGAGGCAAGGAUUCAGGCCACUGGCGGGCAGUCCACAGUGGCUACGAUGGGUGAGGGUGAAGGGGAUAGGGAGUUUGAGGAAUGA